AUGGCAAGGCCCAUGGCCUGGGCAGGUCUGAUAGUUCUGCUGAUGAUCCAAUGGGGCUCUGCUGCAAAACUGGUCUGCUACUUCACCAACUGGGCCCAGUACAGAGAGGGGGCAGCUCGCUUCCUGCCCAAGGAUGUGGACCCCAAGCUGUGCACCCACCUUAUCUACGCCUUUGCUGGCAUGAACAAUCACCAGCUCAGCGUCAUCGAGUGGAAUGACGAGACCCUCUACAAGGACUUCAAUGGCCUGAAGAAGAUGAACCCCCAGCUGAAGACCCUGCUGGCCAUUGGGGGCUGGAACUUUGGCACUCAGAAGUUUACAGAUAUGGUGGCCACUGCCAGCAACCGCCAGACCUUCAUCAACUCAGCCAUCAAAUUUCUGCGCAAAUAUGGCUUUGAUGGCCUUGACCUUGACUGGGAAUUCCCAGGAAGCCGAGGAAGCCCUGCCUCAGAUAAACAGCACUUCACAGCCUUGGUGCAGGAGUUGGUCAGUGCCUUCCAGCAAGAAGCCCAAAGCUCCGAGAAGGAGCGCCUCCUCCUGAGUGCAGCUGUCUCCGCAGGGCGAGCAAUCGUGGACGCUGGAUACGAGGUGGACAAAAUCGCUCAAAACCUGGAUUUCAUCAACCUCAUGGCCUAUGACUUCCAUGGCACUUGGGAGAAAGUCACAGGACACAACAGCCCACUCUACAAGAGGCAGGGAGAGAGCGGUGCAGCAGCUGAAUUCAAUGUGGACUUUGCCGUGGGAUACUGGCUGCAAAAGGGGGCUCCUGCCAACAAACUGAUUCUUGGCAUGCCCACCUAUGGACGGACCUUUACCCUGGCUUCCUCAUCAAACACUGGAGUGGGGGUCUCAGCCACAGGGCCUGGGACGCCUGGCCGUUUCACCAAGGAGGGAGGGGUGCUGGCUUACUAUGAGGUCUGCUCCUGGCAGGGAGCCACCAAGCUCAGGAUCCAGGACCAGAAGGUGCCCUACGCUUUCCAAGGCAACCAGUGGGUGGGUUUUGAUGAUAUGGAAAGUUUCCAAACUAAGGUCAGCUAUCUGAAGCAGAAAGGUCUGGGUGGGGCCAUGGUUUGGACACUGGACUUGGAUGACUUCGUGGGCUCCUUCUGCAAUCAGGGUCGAUACCCACUCAUCCAGACACUGAGACGGGAGCUGAGUCUCCCAUAUGUGCCUUCAGGCCCCACAGAGCCUGAAGUUCCCAAGCCAGACCAGCCCUCUAAACCUGAGAGUGGGCCCAGCCCUGGAAAAGAUACCUUCUGCCAGGGCAAAGCUGAUGGCAUCUACCCCAGCCCUCGGGAGCGGUCCAGCUUCUACACAUGUGUGGGGGGCAGGCUAUUCCAGCAGAACUGCCCAGCAGGCCUGGUGUUCAGCUCCUCUUGCCAGUGUUGUACCUGGAACUGA